GUUUGACAGUACUUGCAUAGUAUUGUACCUAGCGCCCGUUCUACACCAGCUGCGUUCUCGUCACGCGUCUUCAACAUGGACACAGGUUCAAUUCGCCCAGGAAUCUACCUGAUUCUGCAGUAUGGUGGAGGUACAAGCAUGGAUUUGGUCGGAAAACGUGUUGUGAAAGGCCACAUAAGACAUGAGGGAGACACCCAAAAGUGGGAGCUCUCGCCAUUCGGAACUGGACAUUCUAUCAAGUCACUGUUUGAGGACUCCGGGAUGUAUAUUACCUAUGACACGGAUGCCAACGUGAUCGCGACACCUUACCCCGUUUGCUGGAACAUAGAAGUCAUCUCUGGCAGACCCGAGCCUACCAUCCGGAUCAUGUGGCCAAACAGCCCUUUAGCAAUAACACUAAGUAGCUCUACCCCAGACACAGGGGUGAGCGCCCUCAACGACUACGAUACCUCAAACGAUAUCACUAACUAUUGAGUUGAUCCAAUAGGUGAAACUAUCUCCACUCACGCAGCCAGGGCAGGAGUGGAUAGCUCGCCGCGUUGGUGAGCCGACACCAAAUGCUGAGCAGGGUGUCCCGGUGGUGCUUCAGUCCACGUACACAGUGCCAGGUUCAGAACACACCGUGCGCAUCGAAGGAGCAGGUAAACACCCUAUAAUUGUCAUUGACGACAAAGAUGCUAUCCCGGAAAACGGGGAGUUAGUCAUCACAUCAACUACCACUACCACUAUUACUACCACCACAGUGACAAAGGUACAUAGGAAGUAGUUUCUAAUGAGGCCAAUUGGCGAUGCAUUAUCGCAGCGCGUCAGAUCACCGCCGGUGUUAUGCCAUGCACUCAAAGGAGUGUUAUACUAUUAUCACACUACUUGUUUCUUUGUACGCAAAGAUCUAUUUAUCGCUUAACGUUUUCUCUAUCCUCGG